GCCAACUUGACUUCUCAAAAGUCAAGCUUGGGGGCUGAGUCUACCUAAUCGCCUAAUACGGGCUCAACUACAACGACUGACGAGGCAUCAACCUUGAGAAGAGCUGGAGUAAGGUCACAAGCCAAUGAUGGACAAGAUCAAUUCCCGUGGCCAGGCACUCGUCAGCAGGGUUUUCAAGCGGUCCAGCAAUGAUUCUUCGAUGGAUGCUCCUCCACCCUACAAUGACAGUCGCCAGUACCGUUCAAUGCGACUCCUGUCGACCGUAGCGCUUGCUCUUCUUCUACUUCUUUCUAUUCCGGCGCUCGCCCUCAAAACAUACAGUUAUAGUUUCAUUGAGUCCAAUUCCGGGAUGGGCUUCUACCUUGUGGAUGCGGAGACCCAAGUUCCAGAUGCAAGGGAUAUUCUGGUAGCCGCACUUCCAAGCAACCUCUUCCGAGUACCCGAGAAGCUUGUUCUGGUUGUAGCAAUGCUGAACAUUCUACUGAGUAUGGCUCAUUUGGCUUUUGUUGCCUGGGAUUGGAGGUGUGGCAGACGAACACAAACGCGGUCCUUUCGCCGCAACGCUAUGAUUCUGCACAUCUUCAAUGUGGUAUUGGUUCUCACUGCUCUCAUCGCCAUGUUUGUGUCGCACAAGGUCUCGUCAACAUUCGACUACACCCUGAUUCCUAAAGAACCCAACGCCGUCACAUCGUCUGGAUUCAGAUACUACAGCUAUGAUGUCGGCACUUUUGAUCUUGAGCAUUGGACGUGUGAGCUCAUGAAACCAAAGGCAGUGGGUGAUGCACGAAAUGACUACAAGGCACAAUGCGAGAUUGAAGUGGCUGGGCGGACGAUUCUGGUACCCUUUUUUCUCGCUGCACUAGCUGUUGCUGGUCUAUCCAUCUGGGCACUCAUAGCCGGUGAGCAGCAAGCACCUCGCGGCGAACACAUCUUUACAAAGGAUAUCGACCUUGAAAUGAUGGGUAAGGGACCUGAAGCUGACAAGCAAGUCCAAGUCGAAGAGGUGGAGCUUGCAACCUUACAGAGGUCGGAGAGACAGAAUGAUGACAGGUUGAGCAAAAUCGCGGAAGACGAGGAAGAGAUGGACGAGGUUCCCAAGCAGAGGUCCACAGAAGCCGUUGUCGAGGAGAACAACACCCAGUCGGCUGACACCAAGGACGCAAAGGCGAAGAACGCGGGUGGCGUGUCCUGAUCGUGCAAAUUACGUGCACGGAUUCUCUCGAUAUUCAGAUGCACGCUGUUGAGAGAUGAUGCAAUCCGAGGCCGUAUGCCACUCUCGGCAAAGAUGGAACUGAUCACUUCGGUACUUAGAACUGUCUAGUUAGUGCGAUUCCUGUGAAAGAAACAGCGAAGAUUCACGCAUCAUCAGCAGUGGUAAAUCCCGAAUAAAUCGAAAGAAUUGAAUGCUGCAGACAGGCUACGGCAU